UGCGUGACCGGCGGCUUCCUGCAUUCAGUGUUGCGGAUUGAAGGCAAGAAACCGGAGUGAGGAGGGAACUCGUUUGAGAGUUGAUUUAGGAAAAGGACUACGAGAAAAGCAGCCCAAACUCGUAGGCGGCAAAGCCCAGACUGCAAAUGUAACGUUGCCAGUGCAGAGAAGCUGGGGAGGAUGUGAAAAGGAGGGUCUUCAGCAUCAGCCUGGAGGGAAAGGGAUGUGGAGCCCACCCAGUGUCCCCUGAAGUGGUCCAGAGACUGCAAGGGAGGGGGGAAAGCUCUUCGUGUGUGUGUCAGCCCUUGGCCUCCUUUAGGCAAUGCUUUUCCAAAAAAAGAUUCUGUUCUAACUUGUGGUGCCUGCAUGUAUAGGCAUGGGUAUAUUCCAAUCCCUUCCCUGUUCCCCCUGCCCAGGACACAUUUCAUGGAAAGCAGCAGCACAGAGACAGCAACACCCCUGGAACUCAGCUGGCUGCCUUUUCACCAGCAUCCUCAGAGGUGCCCAGCAGCAAAUGGCUGGCACAAAACACAGGGAAAGACAACUGAAACAGUGCUGGAAAGGAGCAGGCACAGAGUGGCUGGGACUCCUCACUCUGGGGGACAGAGGGCUGAAAGGGGGGAUUGGACUAAUGUGUUUGUUUCAUUUUAACUAAAUGUCCCCCUUACUAGUACUGGAGGUACUUGUAAAACAGGUAAGAGGUUGGGUUCAAAUGGGCAGAAAAAUAUACUUUAUGCUGUGUGGAGGAACCCUUACUGGCCCAGGGAGCACAGAAGCAAUGUCAGAGGGGUCAAUAAAAUGUGUGUGCCAUGUUACUCGGGGCUGUCAGCAUGUGCACAGGCAUCAAUACCGACACUGCUCAUGUCAGGAAAGUGAUGAGAAGGUGAGGUGUGCUGCCCACUGCACUUUAUUUCUGACAGUGGCUUCCUCCCUCACCCACAGAGGCUGGCAGGGGACAGUGGCCAUGGCAAACAGCACAUUCCCUUGUCACGACCAACCUCUCACCAGGUGCGGCAGGGGCUGUAAAACCAGGAAAAGCAGGAAGGAAAAACUCUGCAUGGCUGAUCCACAGAGGUCACCUUGAGGGCCCUGCUCCUGGCUGCCAUCAAUCUCACACCCUGACUUGAUCUCCAUCAGUAAGGAACAGCCAAGGAGCUGCAGAGAGGAGCUGCAGGUGGCAAAGGCUUCAUUUUCUAUCCCUCUGUCCCUAAAACCUUCCACUCCCUUCAACACAGCAGAUGUCUGGGGCUGAGGGGUUGCCCUUUCCACAGAAGCAGAAGUGUCACAAAACUGGUGGUUUUCCUGCCUCCGAGAAAUGCAAAACUGGCUACGAUCGGACCGCACAUAGAGAAGAACCGUGUGGGGAGCGCCGGGCCCGGGCUGCCCUCAGGGGCCGCCCCAGCGGGGCCCCGCGGGCCUGGGGGGGCCGCGGCCGUCCCGCAUUUUUUUCACUGGGGGGCGGCAGCCACGGGGCCGCCGGACGGGCGUUCCACGGGCUCUUCCCGCCGGGCCUGAUCCCGGUCCUGGUCCCGGUCCCGGUCCCGGCCCCCACGCGCGGCUCGGGCGGUGCCGGGGCCAUGGCGGAGCGGCCGCGGUACCACGUGACGCCGCGGCGGCCGCUCCGGGCGCGGGCGGAAGCGGCGGGCCCGGGUCCCGCCCCGCGGGAAGUGAGGCCCGCGGAGCCGCUCCCGCCGCCGCGGGAAGGCGGCAGCCACAGGCCCGGGCAGGCGGCGGUGGGCGGACGGGGACGCGGAAGGGGACGGGGUCGGGGAAGGAGGCGCGGCGCGGCAGCGGGCAGGAUGGUGGGCAGCGGCGAUGAUGAGGCGGCUGCGCCGGACGGCCCCGAGCUGGCUCCCCCGGACGGGCCCGGGCUGAAGCGGCGGCGGAAGAGCCCCCGGCUGGCGGCGGCGCGGCCGGAGGAGGCCGAGGAUGAGGUGGACGCCGCGGCCCAGCACGGCACGCUGCAGGGUGGUACUUACUUUGAAGAGAAUCCAGUAAGGGAAAAUGCAAAGGCUUGUGACAGUAAUGAAACUGAGAAACCAAACAUUUAUACACCAUUAAAAGAAAGAAAGGCUGAUUUCAUUGAGAAAAAUCAAGGGUGCUGCUCAACUUCUGCACCGCAGAGCGGAAGUAAAUCUCGGUAUCAGUCCAGUACAGAGAAGCAGUCACAGCCUUUGGCCAAAAAUGAUGGUGAAUCGCAGAAUGGAUUUCACAAGAUGUGGACUUUGUUACUGAUUCUGUUAAUUAGUGUCCCAUUGAUUUAUGUCCUGUGGAGUGGAAUUCAAGAUGGAACCUCUUCAAGGAGAGAUGCUGAAAUUCUGCAAGCGUUUCGGGCCCAGAUGGAAAAACUAAAAAAUACUUACCAAAGUCAGGAUCCCAACCUGUGGAGAAGAGCCCAUGCUUUCCUUGAGAAACGUCUUAACUCUUCCCACGUGCAUCUGGAGCCUGCUAUCCUGCUGCUCACAGCUGGCCAGGAAGCUGAGAAGGCCCUGAGGUGCCUGAGCAAUGAGAUUGCCAACGCUUUUGCCUCCUCCCAAAAUGCCACUACAAUCAGCAUCAACGCAGUGGACAAGGCUGUACAGGACAGUGACUCUGUCAAACUGGAGGUGGACACAGAGCUCAGCUCUGGGUUCAGUGAAGGCAAGAAGGUGGCAGUGGUGCAUCGAUUUGAGUCACUGCCUGCAGGCUCCACCUUAAUCUUUUACAAGUACUGUGACCAUGAAAACGCAGCAUUUAAGGAUGUGGCUCUUCUGCUGACAGUUCUCCUGGAUGAGCAGUCGCUGAGAAAGAGCCUCACAUUUCAAGAAGUGGAGGAGAAAGUCCGGGAUUUCCUCUGGGCAAAGUUCACCAGUUCAGAUGUUCCUAGUUCUUACAACGGCAUGGACACAGAUAAGCUGAGUGGACUGUGGAGCCGGAUAUCUCAUCUGGUGUUGCCUGUUCGGCCUGAAAAGGGCCUCCCUCUGGAGGGAUGCACGUAAAGGUUGCUGGAGGGCACUUGGGAAAGGAGGAAGACACAAAAUAUAUAUUGCAAGGCAGAAUAGGGAAGAAUUUAGUGUGGCUGCUGAGCUCAGGCAGCAGCAAACCAGUCCUUUCUGUGCAGAGACUUUCCACCAACUGGCAGGGUUGUUUCUGCCAAAGUAACUGGGACUUGACUUCUCUAAGUAAACUACAGGAUAUAAGCAAGGAAUUUGCUGGUUAUUGGUAAAUUGUAUUCAGUGAUGCAUUCAGCCUUGGUGUCCUGGAGCUGGACAUUGCUGUGCAUCAGAGCAGUCACUCAUUUGCCUCAACCUGUGUUGAAGCACUGUUGGCUUUGUUGUGAGGAUCCUCUGGUGGUGCAUAAAGCUGGUAUCACAUUUGACAAGGUAACAGAAUGUAAAACCAUCACCUUCAUCUCCCAGAAUUGCUUACUUUUCUUCUAACAUAAGAAAUAAACUGAAAAUUAUGACAAAGUGAUGUGAGUCUAAGCACAAGCUUCUUCCUGAUCCAUUGGAUCACAACAUAGAUGUCAGCUGUCUCUGGCCACUGUAGAAGUGGCAAAAUUGCUUGAAAGAUCUGUGACCUGUAGAGAACCUUUCAGCAAGCAUUUCUUCCUUAAAUGAGCCUGGCACAAACAGUUCUGGAGCAAGAGAAAAGCUGAGGUACAAAGGUUGCAUAAAGUCAGUAGUACUAAUGUCAGUUAAGUGAUUCCUCAGUACCUCUUUGCCUGGCUGCUUGCAGGAGUUCUCUACUCUUUUUCAAUGUUUUGCAAGUCUUAAAAUUUGGAUGGAAAUGAUAAAAUGUUUAUCCCUGUGUACAUACUAUAUCCUUUCCAAACAAAACUUUAGGAAGACAUAGGUUAUUUCUCAUUUUACUAAGAUAAUUAUUUUUGCAUUGAGAGAAUCUAUUUAUUUGUGGUACUUGAUAUCCUAAAAAAAUAAGUUUUCUUCUUGUAUCUGUGUAUAACUGGCUGCUUGCUGUAUACAUUUCUAGCAAAGAACAGAUUUGCAGAGCAUGCUUUUAAUAUGUUUUUUAGUCUCUCAUGUCAAGAAUUCUUCACACCAGAUUAAAAACAUGUACCUGUUUCUAUUGUUUAGUACUUUGCUUAAAAAAAUAAAAGAGAAUAGCAGCACUUCCAUUUCAUUGCUGUUACUUCAUGCUCUGAGCUAUUGGUCCACGUCCAUUUGGUUUUAUUGAAUAUGAAGGAAUGUGAGAAGAUGCUCUCAAAUCAGUAGGAUGUUUUCUUGUAACAGCUGAGAGAUUUGGCCCAUCCUUCAUUCACAAGCCCCUUGAACUGUCCUGUUGCAAAAUAAUCCUUUUCAACCAGGAAAACCCAUUGAGGAGCUGGAGCUUCUGGCUCCUUUGUGCAAGGCAAGGUUGGGGGUGUUAAGUGGAAUCAACCAAAAUCACCUGAAGCAAUAAAGGAGCAGUUUGGGAGACACACAGCUGUGCUCACUUAAACCAGAGGUGGAUUUGUUCUAACUAUGGAGAGCCAGCAAUGGAUAAUGCUUACUAUUUUAAUGGGCAGAAAUAAAAACAGUAAACAGACAUGGAAGUGCUGUUAUUCUGGAUGUUUAAUAGCUCAGGAAGGAAAAGAUGGCAUUUACAUUUUGAACAUUUCACUGGACAAUUGUUUUUAAUAAAAAAAACCAACUGUGACUUAUUUUCAAAUGUGUCCUCAUAGCAUACUUGUUUGUAUAUUACGUAAACUAUUUUAGCAAUGAUUCAAAAUAAACACACUUACUUGUUUUAUAAAAGCUGUUUUAAGACUUGCCCAUUGAA